UGAUUUAAAGGUUAGAAAACGACCUGAGUGUUUUCAAAAACACAAAUGGUUCGUUUAUCUAUUAAAAAUCAUCGAGUGAUUGAAUGAUAAUUGAGUGAUCGAUUUAAAUCACCAAUAAAAAUCAAUAACUUAAGAGCAUCUUUCAAGUUGGCUUAGUAAAUAUCAUUCGAACCUGUUAUUCGUAACGAUUUGUAUUCUAUAAUAUAAUUAAAAGGCCCAUCGCAGCUAAUUCGCGUAUUUGAACUAUUUUCUUAAGUAACUAUUCGCCUUUUUAGUUCGAGUACCUCGGUGCGUUUUUAGCGAAAUUUUUGUCUGAAGUAUUUACUUAAAUAAUGAACAACGGCUUCUGAAAGGAAAUCGGAGUGAUCUAUUCGUGCCGCAUGUUAACUAUGGAGAGUUCCCAAGCAGUGAAAAGGCAAGCGAGACUAUCGGCAGUAGGCCGCGAGCUGGCGAAUGUGAAUAACCGUAUAGACUCCGUGAAUACGAAGGUGGACUUGGUGACACGAGGUUUGAGCCCCGUGCCGAACAAGAUGAGUAAUUUGGAACAGGAAGUGGGUCAGAGAGGCCGGAAGUUGGAGGAGCUCGAGGAGCGAAACAAGCUACACUCUGCGAAGCUGAAGUUGCUUCAGAAUGAGAUUAAGUACGAGAAGAUGCGAGCCGAUAUGUUGAUGGAUUAUGCGAAGAUAAAACGCGACGCUCAAGGGAAUGGAGAUAUAUAUCACACGAACGGCGGGCAAUUCUACGGAGAGGGUGAUGUUCGCGGUCAAGUACCGGUAGCUGACGCAUAUGAAGACCGGAUGGGCGGACCGCCUGGUAGCCCACGACGGAGUCACGCAGGGACGCCGCGUGUAGAGGCCGCGCCGCCAAAAAGUCCUCCAAAACCCGUGGCGCAGACGCCGCGACACCCGAAAUACCAGUCAGACAUGGGUCCGUACAUCCGUAUCGGGGACGCCGAUACGUGGAGGUAUCAGGAUAACAAGGCCGAUAACACAAAUCAGGAUAUCGUGAAUAAGCAGAAUAUAAACGACCGGAUGUUGGAUUUUGAGGAGCUACAGAAGGAGCGCCGGCGACAUAUUUAUGGCUUCCACGACUCCACCGCUAUUAACCCGCAGCUCUGGGAGGAGAAACCGAAACAUCGGAAGUACCCUUGGUUCGAUCACGAGACGCUGCCGUACCCAGGCGGAUUUAUGUUCAUCCGGUUUGAUGACGCUGGCUACGACAUGAUGAACAACGCGCUCAAGAUGCAACAGUCCAUAUGCAGACACGCGGGGGGUUAUCUGAUCGGCAUUGCAAGGAAGGAGAAGAUCUACGUCUACGAGAUCGCUCAACAAAACAAGCAGCAAAACUGGUCCCUGGCGCGUAACCAGCCUCAUCGCCAGGCGCGCGCCACAGAGAACGCAGUUGCCGCCUUCUGGUUCACGAAGCGCGAGGCGGCGGAGUCGUACUUCGAGAACGGGUACCGGAACCGCCUCCGUGAGCCCUGCUUCCCGACGCCGAACGGAUACGAGGCGUAUUACGUGCCCCUGCUGAGCGCGCCACCUAUGCGUCCUGCCAACACGUUUCUGUUCAUCGAGUUCCUCAUGCAUCCGUCAAAACACGCGGAAUACCAAGAGCGACUGACGCAGUUCGAGGCGGAAAUGCGCGACGACAUGCAGCGCCUGGUGCCCGAAUGUCGACCAAUGGUGGUGUCCUCGCAGACUGGAAGAGUGAUCUUCAAGCCGGGACUGUUUGUCAGCCCGUACAGCAAGCUGUUCAUCAGCCGGUUUGAGUCUCAGAGAGAUGUCGAUGAAAUCCUAAGAAUAGGUAUGAUCGAAGGUCUACGGCGGAAGUGGAACCUUCCCAGCGAAAUGAAUGUCUUCUCAAUGACUGUCGAGGACGCCUUCUGACCCCUUUAAGGGGCCACUACCCAAGGGAUAUUGAUUUCUAGAGCAAUACACCCAGCUCGUAGCCAACCACGCCGAUCACCGCGAACUUUAGCUUAGCGUUGAAAGGAAAUAGUCGCAAACUGUGAUAUAUCAGUUGAACAUUUACGACCCUUUAUAACGGGGCAGUUUCACACGGAUUGGCUUUAAUGAAAUACAUGAUAUUUGCGUCUGUUCAAACUGAUGUAAGGCCGUUAAUUAUCAAUAUUUCGAAAGCUUAUUGCUGAAUAUAAAUCAAAAGAUAUGUAUUCGUCUAACAAAAAGUCUUUUGGUAGCAAAAUGUUUUUACAUAUUUGUCAAAUUGUUGAAUAGAGCGUGUGUAAAACUGUUCCGCUAUACUAUUUAGUGUCGUCAGUAUAGUAAGCAUUUAGUCCUUCAUCAUACACACAUGAGCCUCGUUCUGGGAAAUCUAGGCUUAAUGCAUGUCCGUGAAUGUCAUCACAGAUAAAGCAAACGCUUAUGAGAGACGACACUUUUUGCUUUAUAUGGUAUUUUACUUUAUAAUGGCGUAUCUGUUCACUUAAAAUUGCGGUCGAAGCGGAAAGUGUACUGCACAUGCUUAUCUGGUAUGGCACAAUACGAAGACGCAUUAGCCCAUUUUUUCCCAGAACUUGGCUAAAAUGUUCUUAUAUGCAAGUAAUAUAUCGAUAAAUAACGAAUUUGCAUGAUUAACACGUUUCCAUACACACGAUGGACACUAAUAUAUAUUCACGGGGAUGUUCGCAUGUUUGCCCAAUCAUAGUUGAGAUUGUCGUUUGCAUGCAUACUUUUUAGACAUUUGAUGCAAACUCGCAAACGGUUUGAAUCAAUAUGCAUGAAUGUCAUAAAUAUUGCACAUGCAUUUUGUCCUGAACGACGGUACAUUACUAUAAGAAAAGCCGAAACUAAUACAAAACAACUAAUUAAUUAUAACGCAAAGAGCUUAAAAUAUACAAUUCUACAAUUCAGAUAUUUAACACAAUGGUAUAUAUCAAUGUUAUUCAAUCAAGACAUAUGGAAUAACCGUAUCUCCUCGUGCGUAUGUUACUGCAACUAUUUGAGUAUUCGCAUUUAUCCCAAACCAUGACGACGCCAUUCUCAGAAAGGUUGUUGUGGUCUGAACGCAACAUUCCGUACAAUGUAUAGAAAAAUAAAAUAAAAAACAGAUCUUGUUAUGUGAAAUAGUUGGAGUGAAGUAAUUACAUAAGUAAGAUGAUCGCCGGUUGCUGACUUCAUUUAUAUAAAGGAAAUAUUUUGUAUUGAUAAAUAUUUACCAUACGUGCUGCUAUGUACUUUAUGCUUGUGACAAUGUCGUCAUAUAAACAUUUAUAUAUAAUAAACCGUCACUAAUUUUAAGUGCAUUGCAGUUUAUGCAUUAUUUGUCUUCGUAUAUGUAUGUCUGUUUUUUGUCAUAUUUUUUUUUACAAUAUCAUAGAAUGCAUUUAUAAAUUUUAUAUUCACACUUUAAUACUACAGAAAUAAAUGUGCAACAAU